CAGGAACAAACAUCCACGGUGAAUAAUGACAGUAGAAAAACCAAUUAAAUUCCACUUAUGACGGUUUGUAGCUCCGGCUUUUCUCCGUCGUCGGCCUCCUUCAACGGCACUAUUCCGGCUACCACCGGUGACUCAACCGCUUCCGUUGUUUAGUCAGCAAAGAAGGACCGGAGGUAGGAAAAUCAUCUCAUCGAACCUUGAACUUGCCUCUUCUUCCAUGGAGUAUCGAGCAUCGUCGACUAUCUACAAGAAAUUUUCAAAUGCUCGCAGUUUCAACGAUAAAUCGGCGUACGAUGGCGUCUUUGCUACUCCGUCGAAGCACGGAGCUCCGGUUUUCUCUGCUCGAGUUGAGGACUACAGAGAGAUUUUUGGCGGUUCGCGAGUUUCCUCGAUUCCGAUUCUCGAUGUUCCGGCACUGAGCGAUAAGAAGUUUCCGGUUGAUGUUCGUACUUCGAAGGUUGAAUAUUCGAAGAUUUUUGGUGGCUUUGAUGAGUUAAAUUUCGCCAUACCUUAUGAGGAGCUUCUGGCGGAGGCAAACAAAACAAAUUCGUUCUCUCAGAAAACUCGGAUCUCAGCUGGAAGAGGAUCCACGGCAGCUGAAAGUUCUUCUCAGUAUGAAAAGGGGAGUAACUUUUCCACCCGUGAAGCAUCAUCUCAACCACUUGAUAGAAUGGAGAAAUUCAGCGUUUCCUAUCAAAAGAUCAACCAAGGAAACAAAAGUUAUGCUACGGAGACAGCUCAUGUAGCUCUUCCCCAUGCCAUUCCAGGUUUUUCAUGUUUAAUUGACGAACACUCUCCUGUGCAGUUGUCUGGAACUGGUAUGCCAACGUCUGAAAAAUUGAAUAGUAUUCGCCCAGAAAGCAUUGGGAGUACUGAAGUGGCAGAUAGGCCUGAGCUUCCAAUUUCUGGUGAUAGUGAACAGGCUUUUAAAUCAAGUAAUCCAACCAAUUCUCAAACCAGAACUGGCUGGUUUAGAUCAGAUUCAGCUGAUAAGUUAUUCAAUGGGUAUGAGGUGGAUCAAGGGGUACAGAACCCUGACACUCCACCAAAAUAUAAUUUUCUGCCUAAAUUUGGUAUAAGUGAGGGAUUUUCAGGGAGGAAAACUGGUUUGAAGUCUGAAGCUUUUGGACAUUCUGAAGAUCCUUGCGAUGGUUCUUCACCACCAUAUUUUGGUGAGGAUGUUGAGGUGAAUCCAGUUGCUGCUGCCUCGGUUGCAGCUUUGAGAAAAGCAAUUGAUGCUGCGCAGGAAAGUAUUAAAUUUGCUAAGGAGUCAAUGGAAAGAAGGAAAACUGCCGGACUUCAAAAACAUAAGAAAAAAAGGUCUUCUAGGAGCCUAAAUUCUGAAGAGAGAAGGGAAGUAAAAGCUUCAAACAAUUCAGGCACGUGCCAAGAGAAGGUGGCUGGGGGAACUUGUGGAAAAGUGGAUACUUUGGCGCAAGCAGUUGCUGAAAUCAGGGGACAGAAUUCAUGUACAGAAUGUCCUAUCACUCAAAGUGCAGUAAGGGAAAAUUUAAAUGCCUCGGGAACAAAUUAUAUGGAAUUUAAGAUGACAGAAGUUGAUUGUCGGGAGGAAGAAGGAGAAGAAUUAGAUGUAAAAGAACAAUUUUAUGAACCUAGGUCUUUUGGUGAAGACGAGCCAGAAGAAAUGGAACCUGUCAAGGAAGACAAUGGAGAUGGAUAUGAAUGGCAAGGAAACAAUGAAUUAAAGAAAACAUUUGAGAAUCCGGGAGAGUAUGGUGAUAGCUUGGUAGGGGUCAAAGAGGCUAGACCCGAGGAAAGUGGCAUAAACUUAAGUGUAGUCAAAGAUAUUCUAAUGAGCAAAUUAAAGUCAGUUCUAGGUGUCGUUGAGCAGGAAAAAGAUAAAAUGAACUAUGGCCAAAAUCAAGAUCAGCUAGAAACUAACAUGAAAGCUGAGGCAUCAAUGGAACAUGAAAAAUGUGUGGAAUUGCUGGAAGAACAUAAAGUAACAAAAGAGCACGAGGAGUUUGUAAUCAGGGAGAUGGAGGAAAAGAACGAUAUGGAGACCCAGGUUAACGCUCAUCAAUUGGGGGUGGAAGAAGUAAGACAUAUCUGCCAACAAGAAGAAAAGGAGAUGAAAACAAAUACUGUCCAAAUUGAAAAUAAUGUUAAAAAGAUGUUAGACAAAUCUAACAAAGAGGAAAGAAAUAUAAAUAGGAUUGAUGACUUCCAUGAUGGAAAAGAUGCUCAUGACAUGAAAGAAACUGACGAGUUGAAACUAAGCAACCUUCAAGAAAACAAACAGGAUGAUGAGAUGAUUGAAGGGCUUUCCUUUCAUUUGUAUAAUCAUGAGAUUGGACAAGAUGUUCUUAGACGAAUAAACAUUGGUGAAUGUUCAGUACAGGAGAGCAUUGUAAAAGCAACGUUAGACAAUCUGAAUACCGAGAGUAAAAUUGAAUUACAAGAUGGUUAUUGUAAGCAGGGUGAAUUUGACAAGCUCUCUGAAGACCAAAAAGCUAGUGAUUUUGUAGAAAGUAUGGAAGGAGUGGAAGUGAUUACUGACCAACUUGUAUAUCAGGACACUGAUAAUUCAACAGAUAUAGCAAAGAUUUCCUUUGGAGUUGUAAGUAAUGAAUCUGGGACAAUUACAGAGGGUGACUUGGAGGACAGAUUGCCUUUCGAAUUGUCUUCCAUGGCCAAGGAUAUGCUUAAAUGUCGAGAAUUUAGAAUCAAAAUGGAAGAGUCAUACACAAGCCCUAUUUUCAUCGAAAAUGGGAUAGAUUUUGGUGCGAUUGAUAUGAAAUUGGAGCAGAAACAACAUGAUACACCUGCGAACAAGUCCUCAAUCUUUUGCAGUUUGGGAAAUGCAGAAGAUUUGGCUCCUGAAUUUAGAGGUAUGGAGAGGAAUAUAAAGGAAAUUGAAUUCUCAACAAACAAAGAAAAUGAUGACGACAAUUCAAAUGAAGAAGAGACAUUCCGGACUGUAAAUAAUAUUGAAGCAGGCAAUGGGCCUAGUACAUCAGAAGAUGACAAGAAAAUCAGUGAAGAAGUAAUGGAGGAAACUGUCACGAGCAUAAUUACUGAAGCAAGUAUGGAAAACUAUCAAGCAACCAUCAAAGUAGAAGAAAGUGAAACUGAUUAUGUAUUGAAAAAGGAAAUGCAGUUGGAAUCUGAUGAGAACAAUAAUAGAGUGGGUAGCCAAUCUGGCACGAUUGAAAUAGACUCGGAAAUAAUUCAUAUGAUCAAAACAAGUCAAAGUUCAAGAGAAAGUGAGGAGAGUUAUCAUGUGACAGAGGAUGAAAUGGAAGCUAGUGAUUCCUCUGACGAAGAGAUGGAAUAUGCAGCUCAUUUGGAACAUUUGGAAAAAGUUAAUUCGCCUGGUAGUUCUGGAAGAAAAGAAAAUUUAGCUGAUAUACAACAGGAAGUUAGUACUAGCCAAACGGUUACAGAUAAUGAGGAUCAUCAAACCCCAACACUGGGUGAAAUUGAAUGUAAUGCUGACCUACGGAGGAGAGAAGCAGAGGUUGAGUCCAAAUUCAACAGUGAGACAGCAGCUCAUGAUUUGUCUCAAGCUAAAGAGGUAGUAGAGGAGUUAGUUGAGAAUUUGAUGAAUCAAAGUAUAUUAGAAACUGAGAAUCAUCAAGCGACCCAUUUAAUGGAGGAGGAGAAGGUAUUCCAUGAGAAAUUUGAGAAAGAAGCUGAAGUGAUAAAGGAACGACAGAAAAAAAUUGAUGAAGCGAAAGAAAAGGAGAGAGAGAGAGAGAGAUUAGCUGUAGAAAGAGCUAUUCGUGAGGCUCGUGAAAGGGCAUUUGUAGAAGCCCGAGAGAGGGCUGCUGCUGGGAGAGCUUCUGCUGACACUCGUCGAAGAGUAAUGCCUGAGGCACGUGAACGCUCAGGGAAGGUUUCCAUAGAGGCCAACCAUAAGCCUUCUGUCGAGAAGGUUUCAAAAGAAGCCAAAUUAAAAGCUCAACGUGCUGCCGUAGAAAUGGCUACUUCUGAGGCAAGAGAGCGUGCAUUAGAAAAAGCUAUGUCUGAGAAGGCUAUUUCUGAGGCAAGAAAUCUGGCUGACAAGAUUGUUGCUGAAAAAUUACAUGGUGCUACUGGAGAGAGCAAAAUAAAGAAGAGUUUUUCAUUUAGUGACUCACAGCCAAAAGGCCCAUGUUCUUCCAACAAUUUCAGGCAUGCGAAUUCAUUUAACCUUGGAGGUCCCGACUCUUCAGAGAGAGAGGUGGGAUCUUCUGGGGAAUCAGCUCAGAGAUGUAAAGCCAGGUUGGAGAGGCAUCAACGAACAGUCGAGCGUGUGGCAAAAGCUCUAGCAGAGAAGAAUAUUCGUGAUAUACUCGCACAGAAAGAACAGGAAGAGAGAAAUAGACUAGCAGAAUCUUUAGAUGCUGAAGUUAAACGUUGGUCAAGUGGGAAGGAGGGAAAUCUGCGUGCAUUGCUUUCAACUCUUCAAUAUAUCCUCGGGCCCGACAGUGGGUGGCAGGCAGUCCCUCUAACAGAUAUCAUCACAGCUGCUGCUGUCAAGAAAGCUUAUCGUAGAGCCACUCUUUCCGUUCAUCCUGACAAACUGCAACAACGUGGUGCAACCAUUCAACAAAAGUACAUAUGCGAGAAAGUUUUUGAUCUUUUGAAGGCUGCAUGGAACAGGUUCAACGUGGAGGAACGAUAGUAGCACACUCCCUAAAUUUCCUUUUUAUUACAUUAGCAUUGCGAUGGCUACUAACCAUAGCGUAUUGGUUGAAGGCAGUUACGAUGGGAAAUGCUAACACAAUUCUUUCGAUCUACUGUAUCUCUAAGAGACCGUUUGGUCAGAAAAAAGGGCGCCAUUUCUUAAGUCACAUCAUAUUAGGGUUAAAUUUGCGCACUAUAGUUGGGAGAAAGUUAGAAUUAAGUUCUAUAAUUUUGAACGGAAGAAUUUAACCCAUAGUUUGAUAAAUUGAGGAUUUUAUCAAACUAUGGGAAUUAAAUAUUAGUUAUUAAUUUAGAGAUUAAA